AUGCGCUGGACUUCCGGGACCCGAACCAAGCCUGGACAGGGGAGCGCCCGCCGACAGCAACAUCCAGGACAAGGACAUGGCAUCUGCGACCUCGCGGCGCGCAUUCUGCGGCACCGCGAGGGUGUGGGCGCCGACGGAGGUCGCCAACCUCGGGGUGAUGAAGGCAGCGCCUCUUCCUGGAGGACUCCGCCGCCGCGGCCCUCGCCGCGGUGCCCGGCGACGGCCCCGGGAGCGGGACGCGAGGAGACGCCGUGCAUCUUUCUGUCGCCGGACGGCGUCGUGGUGUCGGUGGCGAUCGGACAUCUUGCGGUUCAGCGGCCGCGCCGAGGCGGAUCCCGAGGCCCGCCUGCUGCACCAGCUGAGGCACGUGGUGGCCGUCGGGGAGCCCCUCGGCUGCGCGCUGGCUGGAAGGCGGAGAUGGAAGCCUCAGAGGCGGAGAUGGCGGAUUCCGAGCCCGCGGGGCUGGCGCUGCUUCCCGUGGACAUGGCAGGGAACAUCUGCUCCGCGAUCCUGGGAGGGGGGGGGGCCGAGGGUCCUUGGGCAACGUUGUGGGCGCCCGCGCUCGCCGCGGGCGCCUGGGCGCUCGAUUGCGCGCGGGCGGAUUCGCGCGGGUGCAGGUUGGCGCGGGGCCUCAGGGCGUCAGAAGUCAGCGCUGGGCUGCAAGUGAAGUCGGUCCUGGGGAAAGAGGUCCAGGGGCCCAUGGCACUCGGUGGUGUAGCCGUGGUGGCGAAGGUGGACGUGGAGAGCCGCGAUGACGAAGGCGCCGUCCUGGCUUCCUGCCCAUGGCGGAAGGAUUCACUCGUGAUCCUGGGGUGCGCAAGCCUACUGGUGAUCCUCGUCAGUGGCAGCGUGGUGGUGACGACGGAGCUGGCACCAGCAAGGUACCAUGCCCCUUAUUGCGGUUGCGAGAAGAGCUUAUCCCGCUUCUGGUUUUGCAAACACUGCCUCAAGCCCUUAUCUUUCGUGGAGCCGCGCAUUACUCAGGUCGCGCGCGGGGCCUGGGCGAACAUGCCGCCUCACGGAUCGCUCCCAGCUGUCGGCGACGACCAUUUCCGAAGCGGCAGCGGCAAGGGCUGUGUUGGCUCAGCUGCAGCCAAGGGUGGUUGUGCCAUGGACUGCCAUGCAAGCGAGAUAGGGCGCAGGCUUCAGUCUGGUUUCAUCGCAGCAAAGGCCCAAGCCAGCAGGCCGACCACUACGCCACUCUUGCGCCAGCUGCAGCAAGCGUCCGGACCCAAGCCCCAGUUGGUCGGCACGGCGCAGCGUGCGAUGCGGGAGGCGACGAAGGCGCCGGACAGGAAGGUUAGGAUCGCUGAACAGCUUAAGGAGCAUACCCUGCAAGCAGAGCAGGCCGCUAUCAUAUCCUUGGCGGAGUUCGAGGGGUGCCAGGCGAACUACCACAAGGCGGUGCGCUCGUUGGCCGAGAAUGUCCCGCCUGCCGUGAAGACUGGUGAUGUGAAUGACGGCGCAGCGGUUAUUUUUCGGCAUGGGCUCAGCUUGGGGCGCCUUUUGGAUGCGGAGUCUCAAAUCGAGAUCUUUGCUGACGACGACCUCUUCGGCCCGUGGGCGGAGGGCGUCGAGCUUUCGGAUGGCGAGCGAGACGAGGUGGCUCGCCGCAAGGCCGAGGUGGAGCAGACGAUCAAGCGCGCCGUCGUCGAGUCGUUCGGCGCCGUCAAGGCGCGUUGCCUGGCAGCGACCCUGCUGGGCGAGUGGAACCGCUUGCUCCCUCACCCAUGCCUCAGGCCCCCCCCGCUGCAGCAGCGGCGGAGGCCGACGGCUUGGCGAAGGCCUGCUGACGCCCCGUCGGACGCCGAGGGCCACCGGCGGUUGUUCGCUCGUGCUGUUCAGACGGCCAAGGCCGCUGCCGAGGCAGGAGACACCGCGGCAUUUUCCAUUUACCUUGAUUGCGACAAUCCGCUGGGCCUGGACUCCAUUCACAUGUUUGGAAUAGGGUCGGCGAGGUUCUGCGCCAGCUCUAGGUCCACGCGCGUCCUGUUGGAGCCCCUGGGGUUCACCAUCUCGGCUGCCAAGGGGAUCGCCGCGGGCUCGUCGGCCCGCGUGGCCCAGGUCAUCCGCGUGGGCCGCAGAGCUUGGGACUUCAUGAGCUCGGGGGCCACGGAGAACAUAGGCGCGGGCGUCGCAGGGGCCCGCGGGCGCCCUGCCAAGCCCUACAAGGCCAGCGUCGAGCCAGUCAAGUGGCCAGCGGCCCCAGCCACCCAUCGGCGUCUCGGGCGGGAAGGGGUGAAGCUUGACAAGUGGGACAUCGGGGACGGGGUCCUGCCUGACCUCUCCAACUUCGAGCGCCGCUCCGUCCUGUCUCCCACCGUGUUCAUGCGGGUGGUUGCCUGCGUCAAGUGCAGCUUCAGAGAUAGCGAUGUCAUCGGCCCCUAUUGCCUAGUGUGUGGGCAGGCAGAGGGGAUCCCCGAGCACAGGCAGAGGCGGGGGCAGCGGAGCCAGGUCGGGCAGGGUGCCGCGAGGGAGGUGGGGCGCGGGCUGGUGGCCGUGUGCCCAGGCGGCGCGCCCCAGCAGCAGGCGGCGCCGGGGCCCCUGCUCGCCGGCAGCGCCUCGGUCGCGGGCGUGUCCUCGCCGAAGCCGCCGGGGCGCCGCGUGGAGGUGCUCGGCGGGCCCGCGCCGAGCUUUCCGCAGCCGCGCGCCGUGCCGCACACCACGUACGCGGCGAGCGCAGCAGGGCUACUGCGGCAGGCGAGCGCGGCGGCGCUGCCGCGCCAGGCCAGCGCUGCGGCGCGUGACACGGGGCCCGCCGCGCUGAGCCUGCAGCAGCUGGAGGAGCGCCUGGAGCUGGAGAGGAGCGGCACGGCCAGCCGCAUCGAGGAGCUGUUCGCGCUCCAGAACCAGGACCUGGAGUCCGUCCUCGUGCGCAAGGUGAACCAGGUCCUCCAGGUCGCCACCGUCAACCAGUCGCACGCGGCCCGCAUCGACGCGGAGCUGGAGGAGCUGCGGAGCCUCCCCGCCAGGCUGGGGCAGCUGGAGCACCGGCUGCCGGAGGCCCUCGCCGAGCGCGACGGCCCCGGGAGCGGCGGCGGCAGCUGCCGCAGUUGGUCGCUCACCGCGGAGGCGGCGGGCGACCAGCUGCGGGAGGCGGUGGCCGCGCUGCAGGCCUCGGUGGAGUCCCUGCGGGCCACGCAGGAGAGCCACGCGAGCAGCCUGGACCUCCUCCGGGCCCAGAGCAGCCGGGCGCCCAAGCUGGACGUGGAGAAGCAGCUGCGGCAGCUCGACGCCAUGUUCAACGACCUCGAGGGCACCGUGUCGAGGCACCUCGACGGGCUGCAGGCGCAGCUGUCGCGGGAGCUCACCGCUGUGCGCAGAGAGGUGGAGGUGCUCAAAGCUGGCUGCGCUGACGACGACGGCCCCGGCGCGCCCGCGGGGUGGCAGCAACUGGAGUCCAAGGUGGAGGGCAUCCUGGAGGCUGAGAGGUUGGAGCGGAGGCGCCAGGUGGACGAGGUGUCGGCCGCUAUCCGCUCCGAGAGCGACCGCUCGGCGCGGCUGCGGGACGACCUGGCGGCACAGCAGGCGUCACUGCGGCACGAGCUGGCCGCGAUCGCCAAGGGCCCGAGCCACGAGCUGCUGUCGGCGCUCCAGGUGGAGCUGCAGCGCCUGAAGGGCGCGGUGGCCGCGCAGGCCGAGGAGCUUGGGCGCGUGGAGCGGGCGCAGCAGGCGGGCGCCUCGCAGGGCCAGGAGGAGCUCCAGGCGGCGGUUCGCCAGCUGCAGGAGGGCCUGCGCGCCGCGCACGCCCGCGGCGCUGGGGAGGCGGAGGCCGCACGCGCGGGGCUGCUGGCCUCGGGCGCUGGGCUGCGCGAGGCCUUGGACGCCGAGCGCGCCGAGCGCGUCCAGGGUCUGGAGGCGUUGGGCCAGCGGUUGCAGGAGGCGGACGCCCGGCUGCAGGAGACCCUGCAGGCUGAGCGGCGGGAGCGCGCCGUGCAGGAGGAGAUGGGCGCCACGCUGCGGGAGGCCCUCGACGCAGAGCGGAGGGGGCGCGCCGCGCAGCUGGAGGCCCUCGAGGCCGCCCUGCAGAAGGCUGGCGAGGCGGACCGCCGGGGCCUCUUGCUGGAGCAAGAGAGGCUCGGCGCGGAGCUGCGGGAGGCGCUCGUGACGGAGCGCCGGGAGCGCGCCCUGGGGGCGGAGGCGCUGGAGGCGAGGCUGCGCGACGCGCUGGAGGCGGAGCGCCGGGAGCGCGGCGAGCAGCUCGUGCGCUCCGGCGCCGAGCUCCGCGAGGCGCUGGAGGCCGAGCGCCUGGAGCUGGAGGCGCAGGGCCUGCACAGGUUUCGGGAGGCCCUGGAGGCCGAGCGCGGGGAACGGUCGCUGCAGCUCGGGGAGGUCCGCGCCCUGCUGCAAGAUCAGCAGGCCGCCUCGCAGGGCCAUGCCAUGCGCUUGGAGGAGCUGGGGCAGGAGGUGGCCUCGCGGGCGGCGGAGGCGCGGAAGGCAGGCCGCGUCGCGGUGGACUUGUCCACGAAGUGCCGCACGGCAGCCACGCUGGCGCCAGCGUUGACGAGCUCCCGCAGCACGGCCAGCCCGCCGACAAGGCAUCGCGAAGGCGGUGGCGCGGGCAGAGGCCCAUUUCGCGAAGGCGAGCACCACGCGGCGCCGAGGCGCCACGUGCACGAGCGUAAUGAAUCCGAGAAUGUCGGCGUCGUGCUCCAGUACGGAGGCAAUGUCAAACUCUACGAGAGUGACGGCAACACCUUGCACAAGCCUGGACGUGGAGUACACGACCAGGCGGCGCAGCAGCAUCAGACGCAGGCGAUCGUGGAGGGGCUCAUCAAGGGCUUGGCCACUUCUGUUGCAGCACCGCAGCUCGCCCAGGUGACCAAGGCGCUGCAGGCCCAGCUCAACCCCUCCGUGGUGACCAGCAAGGCCAAUCUCGACAGGGCCAAGCAGCGGGAGGCCGAGGCAGCAAUGACAUUGGCACAAGUGGAUUUUGAGCGGAAGCAGGCCACAGCAGCCUUCGCUUGCGAGGUCAGAGGCUCAGCAGAGCAACCUGAGCAGUCCACCUCGCAGGCUGCUUUCGACAUAGUGUGGGACGAAGAUCUAUUCAAAGAUCUGGACCAGCUAGAGGGCAUAGAGACGGCCGAGAAGGACGACUUGAUGAAGAUCCACGCCGAACUCCAACAAUACAAGUCCCAGCUGGCGUCCAAAUCCGAGGACGUGAAAUCCAGGAUCGCGAGGGCCAAGGAGCUCCACGAGACGAUCCACGUGCGCGUCGGCAAGAAGCGCAAGACCGAGGCCGACGAGGACAAGCAGCCGACGGACGGGGCGGACGAGGCUCAGGCGGGCGGUGGCGGCGGCGCUAGCCAGGUCGGCAACACCAAGAUCGGCAAGGGCACCAGGGCCUCCCGCGGCAAGGGCGGCGGAGCUGGUGGCAAGGAGAGGGAUGCCUCGGCGCAAACCGGCGCCAUCUCCAGCGCCAAGGUUUUGAACCUCUUCGACGCGAUCUUCCAGAAGAUCAGCAUCGCGGAGACCCUCCAGGCGAGCAUAGCUACUUUUCACGAGUUCUACUUCGGCGAGAGGCUCCAGUGUGCAGGUAUCGGGUACCUCGACAGGGAGUCAGACUUCGCCGCCUUCUACUUCACGUUCUGCAGGGCCCCAGGCUGCGUCAGGCGCAGGAAGGAGCCAACCACGCUGGCACAGCGGCUGCUCCACUAG